AUGCGAAAUCUUUCGUCUCGCGGCCCCCGCCUCAGUCCCUUGCAGGCGUUGCCGGCCUUCGCUCCAUUGACAGCGCUGUGGGUGGGACGCUACGCUUCCACGAACCAUUCGGUGCUCUUCUUGUGGGUUGAUGGCAUUGCCAGCAUCGGCGCCGGUGCUGGCAAACCCAAGAAACUUGUACUGGUCGUCGUGCAGGACGAACUGAAGCAGCAGCCUGCCGUCACCCUACGGCGAUCGCGAUGGGCUUUGAAGGAUAGUCCGUUCUUUGCUCCGGGCGAUGCACGGCCGUGCCGCGGCGUCUGCACAUUCGAAAUUCUGCUCGGCGAUAUCGCAGGGCUUGAUUACUGGAAUCCACUGCUGGUGGAUGCAAGCCGGGUUGUCAUCGAGGCGCGGUGCUUGACUCGUCGCUGGUUUCCAGACUUGCGAAGUUGCGGACUGCACUUCGGCUGGGACUUGGGGGCGUCUCCGGAUGCUGCUCUGUACCGGCCGGUGAAAGGGGAAGUUGGUGUCGAGCUGCCGCAGGUUGUCCUACUCACGGAGAACUGCAAGCUGCACACGUCUCCUUCCAAGGUGUGUCCCAGCUACUGGCAGCCCCGUGCAGAGGAGGCGUCCUUCGCGCGGAUCAACGCCGUGGUCCGAGCAGCGGAGCGGGUCGUGGGCGGCCCGACCUCUCCGCGCCGCAGCUUGGAUUUCAGCGGGGGCGACAUUUCGCCCACUUCACAGGUCCAUGACGGAGAUGGCGGCACGGGAAGCUGUGCUUCGCCGCAGGUCGACUCCGACUCCUCCGUCAUGGAAGUGCUGUACAAUCGUACGGUGAACUUCCGCUUUGACGACCCCUUCUUGCCCUAUGUGCUCCGAGAGGUGAUCCAUGACCCAGAACACACCCGGCUGCUGCGCUUGUGCGAAGCUGGCAUUCCGGCAUGGGCCAUCGUGCUGCCACGAUACAUAGGGUGCUACCAUCGGUUCAUGCGACACUUUGUGGCUGUGGUGGUGGUCUUCAUUUCUUGCCUCUCCAUGCUCCUGGGCUUCUACGACUUGUACAAGCGCAUCCCGCUCGUCCGCUCGCUGCUGAAGCAGUCGCUUGGGCCGCUGAGCCAACGCUUGGAGGAGUUGGUGGUGGUGCGCCUGUCGGUGCUGCUGGGCUGGUUCCUCCCAUACAGCACUAUUCUGCGUCGUGCCCGGGACGCUCUCCAUUUCUUCUGUUCCGUGUUGGGGGCUCUGGUGGCAGCUUUGGCGUCGCCCUUGGCCUACCUCUGCUCGGCGGCCUCGGCGCCCGUGGGCGCGGCGGCCUCGGCCUGGCGGUUCCUCGUGCAGGUGAGUGGAGCCGUCGGCCGCAUUGGCUCAUCCCUGAGUUCGGGCGCCCAGGGCGGCAUCAGCACAGCUCGGCUUCUGCGAGCCGAGUUCAACUUGGCAAGACAGGCUUUCAUGAGCGUCUACAACGGCACAAGCUUCCUUGGAGCGACGGUUGCAAAGCACCAGGCCUCGAUCCGCGUGUCGUGGUCACGGUGGCACCAUGGACUGCGGCGGCAACUUUCGCAAGAAAGGCUCCGGAGGCCGUUGCUUGCUUUGCUGUCGGGCGCGGCUGUUUGGACUUUCUGGCCCGGCAGAGCCACGGAGCUUGCGGUAAGAUGCUUCGACAUCAUGCUUUGGGACUUUGCCGUGGUGUUGACCAGGUGUUUCGACUAG